UUUUAACGAUGACAGUUUGAAAAACUGUUCAUUAAAAUUAGCUUUUCGUAAAAUAAAAAGCUUUAAAUACAAAGACAUUGAUAUAAUCAACGCGUCCCUAGAUUUUGUUGGUUACCACACCACGUGCUAUAAAAAAGUAACUGCAUUAAGUAAUAAAUAUAAAGAUGAAUUUAAUCAAUUUGCUGCAGAGAAUACAAUGCGUGUCGGUACUUCUGUUGCUGGUGCAGCUCCAAAUUGUAUGAAUUCUAGUCCAUCGCCACAAGAAUCAUCUCGCACAGCAGUCACAGAAGAUGAAGAGAGUAAUGCUGAUGCUAUUAUUGAUAUUUCUACAGAUUUUGACGAGGAGCCAUCAACCUCAACAUCAGGCUCAUCUACUAGCAGGGCCACUUGUCUGUUUUGUGAUUAUGAACGCAAAUACUUUCGCUCAGAUUCGCUAAAAAUUGAGAAGCAGUACAAAAAAUCAAGGAUAUGGCAGAGAGUCUUGAUGAUUCCGAUAUCUUGUCAAAACUAAACAAGCAAACUGUUGCUUAUCAUCAGCCUUGUUACGCAGCAUAUCA